GUCGCGGCUCGAACGCCGUUGCUUGCGAACGUGUGUCGCGCUCGUCCUCGGCGCGGCGCGGAUGACAUCUCGCUUCUGCUCUCACCGAUCUCUGUAAAAUCGUACCAUACGGCAGGAGGGAGAGAGACGGCGACGUGAACGUGAUCCUGUGAUCUGAACUUGGUUUGAGAAUUCUUGAGAGAUCGAUUACGAUUUUCAGAACACGCACAUGUUCAAUUCUGACAGUUGGUGCUAAUUCGCGAGCGCGCAUUUGACUUUUCUCAAAAAAAAAAAAAAAGACGUGUUUGAUUUUGUGAUCGAUGAGAAACUCUGAUGCCAGUGUUCAGAACGGUGUGCGUGACAUUAUAAACGGACGGAUGAACGGACGCGGCGAUCAGUGAUCGGAAAACGGGACGAAACUGUAGAUCGCUCUAUUUACUUCGGGCGAUACUUAUCGUAAUGAGUUGCGUGGCACGUGUGUGAUUUUCCGCACUCUAGUCAGAAGUACGCGCAGUUUAAUCGUAUCUAACGUCUCAUGCUAUACCAAAUAGAACUUAGAGCAGAUCGUACGCGUAAGUUGUUUCGAUAUAAGAGAAAUCAUCACCCACACGUUAAUCAUUACUAUUCAGUAGCUAGAAACUAGGAACAUUAAACUAGAAACUGUUAUAUUGAUAAGCGAACAUUUCGUACACGUCUCUACAUGUCUGUGAUUUUAAUCGUGAACGAAAGAUUUUAUGUCACAUCGCGCGAUCAUCGACAAUUAUCGUAUAGACAUCGGUGUUCUCAUAGUGACUAUAAAAUUAUUUAAAAAGACCAGGAUAAUCAAAGGACAAUUAAUUUAGAAGCUUCCCUUAAUCGCUUCUGAUUAUUAAUUAAUUAAUAAAUACCAGAGAAAGAAUUGACACACUGACAGAAAAUUUUUGUGAGAAUUCAAAAACAACGCGAUAUGUCACGAAUGGCGGCGGCUUGCGAGGUUCAAGAGAAUUAUUGAGGGCCCCAGAAGGGAAUGGAUUUUCAGAGCGCAAUGGACACCUUCGUAGAGGCAUGGAUGGCUGCGAACACGAAGACGGAUCAAGUACAGAGUCAAGCGUUGGCGUUGACACACAAAGCCUCUCCGCCAUCGAGACCGAGCAGCGUGUCCUCGUUACCGAGGAGCCCUCAAUCUCAUCAAUCCCAGCAGUCUCAGCCGCAGAACACACCUCAACCCCUCGCGGUGCAUCCGCUGCAAUCGCAGACACCUCUCAGUGCACCCCAGACACCGUUUUCCGCGCACAACCAGCACCCGAAGCAAGAAAUUAGCGCCAGUCCGAAGCAGGAAGGUUUCGAUCUCAGUAAAUCCGCCUCCAGCACGGCGAAAAAUCUGCCGGUGCAUUGUGUGGUGGAGACAAUUCACAAUAUUGUGGAAAGUCAUGUGAGCAACAGUCGUGAAAAAUGGCGAAGUCCUCAAGUGGAGACAGACUCUUACGUUAUCAUUCCGGUAGCUAUGCCCUUUCAGGAUUUGGUGGGCGAGGCUCUCGUUCGUUUGGGAUACUCCAGCGAUCUGAUACCGAGCGCCAGAGGCAGCAUCGUUAUACGGAACUGGAAACCCUUACCGAUGGAAAAAGUCGCCGAUGGACCGUUAUUGACAGUAGGAGACAUCCUAGCUGAACUGACAUCGGUGGCGACCCUGAAGAUUCAGGUGUACAGAUCGAGACCGCCACCUCCCAGCCCGGCUGCUGAAGUUCGAAAUAAAUUACUCAGGCUGCUACUAUUGCACAGCCAUACGCUUCUCGUCUCCGCUGGAUGUCCCUUAGACGAGAUGACUCUACUGUCCCUCUGCAGAGGCGGCAAUGACCUGUCGGAAGAGACAAAGAGGAAUUUCGAAACGUGGCUGCAGCAGCAACAGAUAGGUCUCGGUAUAAAUCCGAUAGCGCCGUCAUCUAACCACCACCAUCAUCAUCAUCAUCAUCACACGCAAAGUCCGCAACCCGACAACGGUGGCACGAUCGCACCUGGCGGUGGCGGUGGCGGCGGCUCGAUUGGACCGCCGCAUCCAGCUCUGCUCCAGUAUUCGCACAAGACCAGGAUGAGGACUAGCUUCGACUCGGAGCUCGAGCUGCCGCGCCUCCAACGCUGGUUCGCCGAGAAUCAGCAUCCGUCGCGCGAACAGAUACAGCACUACGUCGUGGAACUGAACUCUCUGGAGUCGCGACGGGGCAGAAAACCGCUGGACGCGAACAACGUCGUUUACUGGUUCAAAAACGCACGUGCGGCGCAAAAGAGAGCCAGCAUGAACGGCUGCAGCCCGCCUGGGCUCAGUCCGAGAGGCGCUAGCCUCGUCAGCGAGGAUUGCACGGACGAGGAAGAGGACACCAGGCAGCAGUCGACGUCCGGAUCACCAUGUCCACCGAGCAGCCCACCUGUCGGUCCUCUGUCGUUGACCACGAGACCUGAGGAUCAACAGCAGCCGCCGACGUCGACCCCCUCCUCGGUGAAGCAGGAGGACGCGAGAGUAUCGUCCGGUUCUGAGGACGAUGAGACGAGACACACAGGCCCGAUCCCGCCGGGAUUCUCCCUGGUGCCGAGCCCCAUGUUCGGUCACGGUAUAAUGUACAUGUCGCAUUAUCUGCCGCCGCGCGGGCCAGCCGGCUGUCCCACCAGCAUGCUCGCCGACGAGAGGAGGAAGAGGAACCGGACGUUCAUCGAUCCCGUAACGGAAGUGCCAAGGCUCGAGUAUUGGUUCAAACGCAGCACACAUCCGAGCCAUGCGCUGAUUCUGUCAUAUACGGAGGAGCUGAACAAGAUGCCGUAUCGUCAGAAGUUUCCGCGCCUGGAACCGAAGAACGUGCAAUUCUGGUUCAAGAACCGCAGGGCCAAAAACAAGCGGCUGAAGAUGGCUCUGUUCGAGGGCGAGUCGCCGCAACAACAUCCAUAUCACGCAGAUUAGUUAAUUUACUUAAAAUAAUUAGAGGGACAGAAGCGCGCGCGUAAAGCAAACGACGGCCGCGCCGAAAUAAAGGGAAAUCGUUAAUCGACCUGUUACUCCUUACUAUCGUUGAUACGCUGCGUCCUUAACGCUUACCGGCCGCAGCUCAUUCAUUGUAAUUAUCACGUAACAAUUAAUAUAAUUAUUAUGAACUUUCAUGAAUGUAAAUACGAGAUGAUGUCGAAUAAAAAAUAUACGUCAA